UCAGCAUCAUGCAAACGAAUGCAAUGAGACACGAACAGGUCCUACCUAGUCAUGGUAGGGCCAUGCAUGGCAUUGAUUCCAAUCCCAUGUGAAGUGCAUCAAGCCGGCCUUCGACGAGGGGCCUCCGUUGGGUGGACUCGCACUUCUCCCCUGUUCCACGAGCAAAGAACCAAAAAGAGACCUUUGCUUCUACUUCCUGCCCACUCCCCUCUCUCUUUCUGGAAAUUCCUCAGAGGUGCAGAGCAAGAGGGCUUGUGGUUUCUUUGUCGUGCCUUCGCUAAGUCUGGUAGCAAAUCGCCGCUACCCUUGUCAUCCUUUUACACCUACUUUUCUUUGCCUUUCGAUUCGUUUUUUCUUUUCCUGCUGGUACUGGCAGGAAACAGAACCUUUGCGAGGCUGUGAUGAGAAAGGUUCGAUCUUGAAGAUGGGAGCCUGCACUUCGUUCCAGAAAGAUCCGGAUUCCCCAAUGAGAUGUCGUCUGGGUCUUGUUUCUAGGGCCAAGAGGAUCUUCGUCUCGUCGCCCGCCAAGGACAGGACUUUGAAUGGGGGGAGUCCGGUUGAUCGAUUUGGUUUCCAGAGCUCUGGCUUUGAAAGCAGUAAAGAAGAUAUCUUUUUCGAUUCACGAGCAUGGUUAGACUCUGACUGUGAAGAUGAUUUCUUAAGUGUGAAUGGAGAAUUCACUCCUUCCCGAGGCAGUACUCCAAAUCAUCAAAUAAACUCACCCAUGACCCCUCAAUUUGACAAUCACUUUCCAUCUGAAAAAUAUCCAGACUCAAAUUCAGAACCCUCUCCAACCGGUAGAAAGAAACUCGCUGAACUUCUACAUGAGACCUUGCAAAGUGAGCAAGUCAAUGUGCCCAAUGCUGCUGAAGCAAGAGUAGACAGCAAUGUGAAGCCAGACAUAAACAAAACCAACACCGACCAACCUAAAAACUCGGAAAAUGCAACUCUGUACCAUUCUGGAGCGUGUUCUAUCUGCAGCAGUGAGGUGACACCAAAUAGAGAUCCGAAGAGCAGGAAAGAGAAAACCUGGAAAACUGGUCAUUGUUGCUUGCCAAGCCUGCAGAGCUUUGGCUUUGAUGAGAGGAGGCACGAGAUGAGUCCUGGACGCUGCACCGUGUGAUAUCACCGUCGCACUGUUGAUACUGGCUUCGAUCAUUUGAAGGUUUCCGCAACUUGAGCGACGGUAGUUACCUCCAAUGUCUAAAUUAUAUCAAACUAUGUCAGCAUGAUAUAGAACUCGAGAGAAGUGUUUUGCGGAUUUGGAUCACGAUAUAUAGUUGUACACUAAGAGGCAGUAGGUCUCGAUGGUCCUCAUUGUAAUAAUACAUGCAUCUGAAGAGGAUUGGUGAACAGAAUCUCCUUGUACUGAGGAAGAUGACAGGAAGGAAGCAACAAGCGCCAAGGAAGUGGUGGUACAUUGGAGUCCUGAGUCCUGAGCCUAUUCAUUGUUUUCCUGUAGCUGAUAUUUUUCUUCAAGGAAUAUGUACAUAGAUGAAAACAAGAUGGUAUAAACAAUCAUCCAUAGCUGCUCUGUGUA